CAUGGGGCUCGCUAAACUUGGGUUUUAAUAGCCUUGCUUCUGCAACGGUCGGCGGUUCGUGGUGAAUAUACCAAAUUUAAGUGCGAUUAAACUGAGAUCCAGUUCACUACAAUCUCACCUGCCGGUGAAGAUGUCUGGUGGGAACAAAAACACGAAGACGGAAUCAUGGGGCGGUUUUGAUGAGAACUUGAUUCAGGGCAGCGGCUCGGCCGUCAUCGACAUGGAGAACAUGGACGACACUUCCGGCUCCAGCUUCGAGGACAUGGGCGAGAUGCACCAGCGGAUGAGGGAGGAGGAGGAGGUGGCCGCGGAGGCUGCCGCCGCCGAGGAGGAGCCCGGAGAUGACGGCGAGUUCCUGGGCAUGAAGGGCCUCAAAGGGCAGCUGGGCAGACAGGUGGCGGAUGAGGUGUGGCAGGCGGGGAAGCGUCAGGCAUCCAAAGCCUUUAGCCUGUAUGCCAACAUCGACAUCCUGCGACCAUACUUCGAUGUGGAGCCGGUUCAGGUCCGGAGCAGGCUAAUCGAGUCGAUGAUCCCCGUCCGAAUGAUCAACUUCCCACAGAAGAUAGCCGGGGAGCUGUAUGGGCCCAUGAUGCUCGUCUUUACCCUGGUGGCCAUUCUCCUGCACGGCAUGAAGACAUCAGGAACAGUCAUAAGAGAGGGGACCCUGAUGGGGACGGCCAUAGGGACAUGUUUUGGUUACUGGGUGGGCAUGUCCUCCUUCAUCUACUUCCUGGCUUACUUGGUCAAUGCCCAGAUCACCAUGCUGCAAACCCUGUCCCUGCUGGGUUACGGUCUGUUUGGUCACUGCAUCGUGCUCUUCAUCACCUACAACAUUCACUUCCACUUCCUGUUCUACGUCCUGUGGCUGGUGGUCGGUGGGCUCUCCACCCUCCGCAUGGUUGCAGCUCUUGUGUCUCGUACGGUUGGUCAGACACCACGCCUCGUCAUCUGCGGGACGCUGGCGGCUCUGCACAUGCUCUUCCUGCUCUACCUGCACUUUGCCUAUCAUAAGAUAGUGGAAGGGAUCCUGGGCACUCUGGAAGGUCCCAAUGUACCGCCCAUCCAGCGGGUAGCCAGAGACGUGCCUGAAUUUUCUGCUGCUGUGGUCAACGCCACAGUGAAGACACUCGGGGUGCUGCUGCAGUCUCACUGAAUGUGUCUACCCGUGUGUGUCUGUUUCUGUCCAUGUGCAUCUCUUGAGCUGAACCCAGGCCUGCAGAAUCCAGCUUGCAGAUGUUGAACACACAUCAGAGACUGUUUGGAAGUGUCAACUAGCAUAUAUGACACUUGAUGUGUAUAUAACCCCAGACCAAUCGACCGCUGUGUCUCUAUCACAUUCUCCUCCUGAAUAGACUGUAGCUGGUGAAGACUUUCCCUCUUCCACACCAAAGCUUGCACCUCCCUUCUGAGUCGACCUGAGAAUCAGUUAAAAUACCACCCACAAACUCUUGUCUGCCUUGAAACCGCUGACUCGCCAUCCCCAUCACACACACACACACACACACACACACACACACAGAGUAAUUAUUAGAUCAGGGCUCCAAUGGCAACAAGUGUGACAAUCUUACAACUUUGAUUGCUCGAAGAAAAUCUUGGGAAAAUGUGUUAAAUAAUAUUUAGCUACAGAGCAGUGUGUUCCAUUGUCACAUUCCCCAGCCAGUGUCCUCAAUUCAGCAAAUUGAAGACAGCUGUGAAAGGAAGAGUGUGUUGAGUUAGCGGAGCAGAUUUUGAAUGGAACUACAGUUUGAUGUGAGGCAGAGGACAGCUUGUCGCUUAACAAGCCAGCAAGAGCCCUGAAAUGUAAAGAUUUAAUCAGGUGGGCUUCUCGUCUUUUUUUUCCCUUGAAACUAAAAUGGGGAAUUUUUUUUAAUUGCACCAGUCCUUGGAGAAAGGUCCUUAAAAUAAAUAGAGACCAAAAGGUUAGUUUUCCCUGUCGAGAUCCUAAGAUACAGCCAAUAGAGAAUGAAAUAGAAAGGCAAAUCUGACCAGGGAACGUAAAACAUGUUUCAGCACACAUCAUGUUUCAGUUGAUAGCAGUUUAUGCAGCAGAACACAAAGUUUAAAACUACAGUCCUGAAUCUCCUGGUUUACUGUACCAGUGUGUCUCCUAUGUAGGUGUUCGUAAGGUGAGUGUUGUUCUUCAUUCCAAAUGAAAGAGAGUCAGCAGUGCUGUUGUGUCAGAAACAAACCAAAAAACCCGGUUGUGGUUGAACCUGAGUUGGGUUUUUUUUGUGCCCCCCCCCCCGUUUUUCCUCCCCAUUUGUACUUGGCCAAUUACCCCACUCUUCCGAGCCAUCCCCAGUCAUUGCUCCACCCCCUCUGCCGAUCCGGGGAGGGCUGCAGACUACCACAUGCCUCCUCUGAUACAUGUGGAGUUGCCAGCCGCUUCUUUUCACCUGACAGUGAGGAGUUUCACCAGGGGGACAUAGCGCAUGGGAGGAUCACGCUAUUCCCCCCAGUUCCCCCUUCCCCCCCGAACAGGCGCCCCGGUCGACCAGAGGAGGCGCUAGUGCAGCGACCAGGACACAUAACCACAUCCGGCUUCCCACCCGCACAUGGCCAAUUGUGUCUGUUGGGACGCCUGACCAAGCUGGAGGUAGCAAGGGGAUUGGAACCAGUGAUCCCCAUGUUGGUAGGCAACAGAAUAGACCACUAUGCUACCCGGACGCCUGAACUUGAGUUUUACUUAUUUAUGUUGUACUAUCUGUUGGUAAAGGUCUUCUACCAGCUUGUUCUGUCAUAUCUUCUUGAUAGACACAACUUCACUUCUUCAAACUCAACACUGCCCGCCUUUUUCUUCUUCCUUAUUUGGCUGCUAUGAUGAAGAUGGAAAACACCAUGCACCCUAUCAUUUUUCCUGGUAAAGUCCUACCAGACACCAACCAUUCACAUCACAUACUACUAAAGUCUGCAAGAUCUGAUGUUCAUGGGUUAGAUGUUGUCUUAAAUACUACACCAGAGAUGGUGUCAAAGAGGCCGUUUGUUUGCAUGGAAAUCUUCACGCUUCUUGCUUUAAAUUUGCUGUCAGUAGAAGAACUGUAAGAAGUCAGAGAUAUCGGAUGACAUUUCUGAAACAGAAAUACAACUGUUUUAAACAUGUCCUUUUAAAAUGUGGCUAUAUAUGAAGACCAUCUCAGCCUCUGAACAGUUUGCAGGUUGACACCGAUCAGGCGAACCUCACCAUCUCCAUAGGAAGGGAAUAAUGUUUGGUUUAUGAUUUAGAUUUGAAGAACUGGAUUCUAAUAUUGCUGUAGGAUUACUAAUCUGGGUUAAAUCUGCAUUUUUCACCUUUCGUGAUGUACAUGUUCCAUUUGCAGCGGUUUAAAAUGUUAAAGCCUUAGAGUUCACGAUUUGCAUAACUGAGUAAUCAAGUUUUAAAGUCUCCGUUUUUUUUUUUACAUUUUGUUUUUUGUCCCUUGUAAAGAUUUUGGGAUUUUCUAUUUUACAUGUUCAAUUUAUAUUUAUGAGGUCACUGUACAGAAAGACAUAUUGGAAAAUAAACUUUGUGGAUCGUCA